AUGCACUGGGCCCUGUGGAAGCGCGGCCCAGCCCACUGCUCCCGCAGCGGGCCGGUCGCUUCAGCGGGACCCGCAGUGCUGGGCGGAGACCCCGAGAUGCUCCGGCGCUUUGCCGCGUCGGUCUUUUCCGACGCCCUCAAACUUCCUGCCUCUGUGUGCCUGCAGUUGGAGGCCAGCCUGAUCGGCACGCCCGCCGUGUGGAGCAAUGGCUGGCGCGGUGCACUGGAUGCUGCCCUUGGCCCCAGCAGGAGCGCUUCAACUUCUUCAGGGCUGAAGUUCUGGAAGCCAACAUCCAAUGGCCAGCGCUCACGUGUGACCAUCGACCGCAGCAGCCUGUGGAAGGGGAAGCCGUUCAAGACACUGACUCAAGGGAUGUCAAGGACUGGUGGCAGAAACAACAGCGGCAGGACCACGAGCUGGCACAUCGGGGGCGGCCAUCGAAAGAAGUAUCGAAUCGUCAGCUUCGCCCUUGACAAAACUCUUGAGGGACAGGGAGGCGUUGUGGAGCGGCUUGAAUACGAUCCAAACCGUUCAGGCAACAUAGCACUUGUGAAGUACAAGCAAGAUCCAGGACAGCCUGCAACCCACACAUACCUCCUGGCCCCUCAAGGGAUGGGCCCUGGCGAUGCUGUCAUUUCGGGCCCUGGUGCCCCAAUCAAGUCCGGGAACACGUUGCCCUUGGCGAACAUCCCAGCUGGCCAGAGGAUCUACAACAUCGAAUUGACUCCGGGGAAGGGAGGGCAGUUGUGCCGAGCCGCUGGGUGCUCUGCAACUCUUGUGCAAAAGGGAAGCGAUGGGUGGGCUGUUGUCAGGUUGCCUUCAGGCGAGCAGAGGAAAGUGCUGAUAGGAUGCACAGCCACCAUCGGCACUGUGUCAAAUCCGCAGUACAUGAAUCGUGUUGUUGGAAAGGGUGGAUUGACGCGUUGGGGAGGUCGUCGACCAGUAGUGAGGGGAGUGGCUAUGAACCCGAUCGACCACCCACAUGGAGGUGGAGAGGGCAAGACGUCCGGCGGAAGGCCAUCUUGCACACCCUGGGGCAAACCAACAAAGGGCCAGAGGACAAGAAAAACCAAACGCACCGGAAAGUUCAUUGUCUUGAGCCGCCACAAAGCAAAGAAGGGGUCGGGGAGAUGA